GACCAGAUCAAAGGCUUCUGUGGGAUGAGGGCACAACUGCAAGAGCUGUUUUUUUGAACUUUUCCAUCUUUUUUAAGUCAGUCCUGCCUGCUCUUGUCAUGUUUGCUAGCAUCACUCAACGUGGCUUCCUUGCGGGAGGAGAAUUAUUGAUCCUGUCAACUUUCACUCCUAACAAUGUAACAACAAGCCAGAUUGUACAGAACUGAGACUUCUCGUGAGUUGUUCAAUCCCUAACACAGCAAGAGUUUGUACAAAGAAAUGACCUUUUUUGAAGGAGCCAAAUUUACCAUUUAUCCCCAUCAGACCUUGGAGGAAGAAGUCUACCCCAUCAAGUUCAUAUUUCAGGGAGAGACAUGAAUUGCUUAACCUUGGAAACCAGUCAUAUAAGCAAAACAAUUAUGGUUUUACUUGUGUGCUAUUCGUCACUUGGUAAACCUGACAACAUUUGAGAUAUGGAUCACGCCCAUGGCCUGGGGCUUAGACUUAUAUUCAUUCGUGGGAGGAGUUAAGUGAUAAGCAAAGGAAUAUAUAUCAUUCUUCCUUCAGUUUUUGUGAUACUUUCUCUCUUUGUCACACUUUCUCCUUCCUUUCUUUAACAAUUACAACUCAAAGUUCUGUCAAUUGCUGAAUGUGUCAAAUGGUCGGAACAGCAAUGUUGCAUUAAAUCGAGUGUUCACAGGAGAGGAAAGCACUGUACCCAGGAUGAGGGCGUCACUGGCUAGGCAGCAUUUAUUGCCCACUCCUAACUGCCCAGAUGGCAGUUCAGAGUCAACCACAUUAUUGUGGGUCUGGAGUCACAUAUAGGCCAGAACAGCUUGCAGGGAUUCUGAUGUCAAUGCAAAGUAGAUUUAUUUCUCACUUCAUAUAACGUGGAAGAUAAGCAGUGGAUUGAACAUGGAACCUGUUUUCUGUGAGAACUGCAUAAAGAUUGACAGCAGCCUGUAUUUCUACCAGAUCAUUGAUGGCAGAAAUUUAUUGCUCAUUGUCCUGUUUGCAAAGGUCAUCCUCAACGUCCUCAUCUUGAGCACAAAGCGAAGCAUACUCCCGAGUUUAAUUGGCUAUUUCUGCAUUUCCCUGUCAUUGAUGGAUCUUGCGUUAUUUGUGAAUGUGUUAAUAGUUUCAUGUUUUAAGACAUGUACAGUGCUCGGAACUCAAAUUGGAAACCAUCAUGUUUGCCUGCUUCUACAGAUUUUCUCAUCGAUGUACAGUGUCCUGCACUUUCCCAUCUUCAUCCUGUCUGGUCUUGAUUUUUAUCUAAACCUACCUCAUCGUGACAAACCCAUAAGCACCUCUCAGAAAAUCCUGUACAUUUUCACUAUCACGCUACUAUGGUUUGGAGCCAUUGUCUAUGUAUUUGAAAUCCACAGUCUCCAUCCAUCACUAAAAGCAGUCCUGUACUACUAUUUGUACCAAUGUGAUGUCACCAUCAGCAUUCAGAGCCACUUUCUCUCCAUUCUGAUACUUCUGACAGUGAUUCUUGUGACUAUUUUUUGUUGGUCUGGUUUGAGAUCUCUUGUCAGAUCGCUGAAGGUGAUUUCCUAUUUGGAAGAGGUUGUGGUGAUAUGUUCACACUCCAACGCGUGGCUGCAGUCCCAUUCAGCCAAGAAACAACUCCUGACCAAUAUUACCAUGUGCUUUCUGUUGACCUGGAGCCCAUUUGUUCUCCUUCAGCUGACUGUUGUUUUGAUCUGGGCUCCCCUGCCUGCCUACAUGGAUUUGAAUGUUCCUUGGCUUUGCUUCAUGAACAGCUUCCUCAUUGGAGCCAUCUAUUGGCUGAGGUAUGGCGAGAUCUCCCAGGAUAUCAUUUCCUUAUUUCCUGACGGGUUCUGCCAUUGGAAAUUUUGCCAUGUCCAGCAAGUUUUCACUGCUGAUGAAAAAGGAUGGAUCCCAGUGAAAGAGGACAAUGAAUCAAAAAUUCUAAUUGCCUGAAGGAACAUCCUGAAAGCACUACAGUGUAUUUUUCAGUCCGGUGGCAAUAUUGAUACAUCUUGUUUCUUAAUCUUUGAUAAGAAUAUUAAUGAUCACUGAUAUAGAUGAUUUGAGGUUUAUGCAAAAGCAGAAUUAUUAAAUGGGAUUUUAAAAAAUUUUGUUCUCCUGUACACACUUAACUCUUGAAAUUUCUUGAGUGUGAUCCUUCUAACUGUAACUCUCAAAUGUGUCACUUAUUUCAGAUUAUAUUUUGGCUUCACAUUUAUGAAGCAAUUUCUACAGGGAUAAUCAUUAUAAACUUUCAAAUUAAGUUUUAAUGAUUUGCAAAAGACAUUAAGAUUACUUUCUUAGGGCAUUUGGAAAUCAAACCGUCUCGAUUGUCUAUUCAAGGAGCUAUUUAGCUUUGUCUACAACUGACAUGUAACUGUGAAAUGUGUAGCACGGGCAAAAAAAGUCAAGUAUUUCUGUGGUUGGUGUUUAGUGUAAAGAAAUUGAAGGUGAUAAUGAUGAUGAUGAUGAUGAAUAAAAUAGUUUGUGCUUUC